CGUGCGCGCGGCCUUUCCGCGUCCCGAGCGGCGCGCCGGAGGUGUGGGCCGCUCGUCCCGCGUUGCGCGUUGGCGGCCAACGGGCCUGGAAGAUGGUCGGUCGCAACAGCGCCAUCGCCGCGGGCGUGUGCGGAGCCCUGUUCAUCGGCUACUGCAUCUACUUCGACCGCAAGCGCCGGAGUGACCCCGAUUUCAAGAACAGGCUGCGAGAACGAAGAAAGAAACAAAAGCUUGCCAAGGAGAGAGCUGGGCUUUCCAAGUUGCCUGACCUUAAAGAUGCUGAAGCUGUUCAGAAAUUCUUUCUUGAAGAAAUACAGCUUGGUGAAGAGUUACUAGCACAAGGGGAAUAUGAGAAGGGUGUGGACCAUCUGACAAAUGCAAUUGCUGUGUGUGGGCAGCCACAGCAGUUACUGCAAGUGUUGCAGCAAACUCUUCCACCACCAGUGUUCCAGAUGCUCCUGACUAAGCUUCCAACAAUUAGUCAGAGAAUUGUCAGUGCUCAGAGCUUGGCUGAAGAUGAUGUGGAAUGAGAAACAAAUGUCAACUUACUAUUAAUCUCAAUUAAAAAAAUUUAAAAUUUUAACUUGGAAGAUGAACGGCUCUGGGGAAUAACGGCAAAUAAGCUUGUUGUGGACUGUCAUACACUGAAAUCUACCAAAGUUAAUUGUUACUUUGUGUAGAUCCAUUUGUCUGUUUUAUUUAUUUUUCCCAGUGAAAAGUGUAUUUUGAUAGAGAGCUUUUCUUUUUAUAAAUACACUAUGAGUUACUGAAAAA